AAGUAAAGCCAACAGAGAGACUGAAGAAGCUAGAAGUUCAGGUGAAUCUGUGUGGUUGAUUCGGGUCAGGUUAGAGCAAAACAAAUAAUCAAAAUAAGCCAGGAGAAUGUUCGGAAUCUGUCUGCGAGGAGCUCGGUCCACAGCCCGGAGGAACUGUGGCAGACUAACUAAUCAGCAGCUCUGCAGGCACUACACAACAGGACAGAGCAGUGCUUCUAAAGUGGUCGUUGCUGGCUUGUUGACGGUGAGUGGUGGCAUUGGAGGCACACUUCUUUACGCCAAAUGGGACCACAAGUUCAGAGCUGUGGUGGAGAAAAAUGUCCCGUAUUCAGACUGGCUGUUCGGCCUGGCUCUGGGACCUGCUCCUCAAGAAACUGGUCUUCCUUUCAAAAAGCAGGUGGAGUCCAGUCAGCUGCCCUCUAUGAUGGAGACACAGAUGAAAACAUCCAAAGCAAAGGCAGAGAAGAGACUGAAGGAGACAGCAGAGAGUCCGGCUCCAGAAUCUGGUCCAGGACCAGCACAGCCUGCACUGAGCUUACAGGAAGCUUCAGCAGAGGCGACUCAGAUCAUCUCGGCCAUCGGGGAGGUCCCAUCGGUUCCUGCUCCAUGUGACACCGAGGCAGCAGCAGGAACAAAGGUUGCAGGCUCCAUUUGAUGAGAAGUCUGCCCAGUGGAAGGACCUGGAAGGGGCUCUCACAGACAGAACCACCGCUGUGAAGGAUGCAAAAGCUGCUCUUCUGAAAGCCAAUGAAGUGUUGGACAGUCUGAAGUCGGUGAUUGACAGGUCCAAAGGUCUGAAGAUUACUGCAGCUCGUCCUGUGAUUUUAGCAGCAGAAGAGAAUCUCCAUAAAAUGGUUGUGGACUUAGACAAAGUGGUCUCUAAGGUGCAAUCAGCAGAAUCUGAAGCAAAAAUUGUUACCCAGUACAGUGAACUGGUUAAUGAGGCCAAACAACAGUUUCAGAGGGAAGUGAGUAGCCUUACUCCAGAGAUCCAGGCCAACUGGAAAGGCCUCACUGGUAAACUGACGGCGGAUGAUCUCAAUGCCCUGAUUGCCCAUGCACAUCGACGCAUUGACCAGUUGAACCGAGAGCUGGCUGAGCAACGUGUCAGGGAGCAGAUCCACAUAGACGUGGCAUUGGAGCAACAGAAACUGGAGGACCAAAAGCUUCUGGAGAAAGCUGUAAACACAGCAAUGGUGCAUGUAAGAGAGGAGGCCAGGCUGGAGCAGGAGAGGAAGGCCACUGAGCUAAGGGAAGUGAUGGAGUCUGAGAUGAGAACUCAGCUUCGCCGUCAGGCAGCUGCACACACAGACCAUGUUCGGGAUGUUCUUAAAGUCCAGGAGCAGGAGCUGAAAGCUGACGCUGAACAGGUUCUGAGCAGUAAGAUGCUGGAACAGGAGACGCGAUACCGCCAGAUGACUCAUGAACAGCUGGAUAACUUCACUCUGGACAUGAAUGCUGCCUAUGCAAGGCUGAAGGGGAUGGAGGAGGCCAUCGACAGCCAUGUGGUAGCUGAGGAGGAGGCUCGUAGAGCUCACCAGCUGUGGCUCUCUGUAGAAGCUCUCAGCUACACCUUGAAAACAGCCGGCGCCGAUUCGCCCAGCACGCCGUUGGACGCCACCGCUCAGGCUGUGAAAGCCAGCUGCGGCGAGAACGACUUUGCCUCGGCUCUGGCGUCCGCUCUGCCCGAGGAGUCUUUGCAGCGCGGCGUGUACAGUGAGGCUUCUCUCCGAGCUCGCUUCAACUCCCUGCGAUCGCUUACCCGCAAGGUUGCUCUCAUAGACGAGUCCCACAACUCUCUGUACCAAUACUUCCUGUCCUACCUUCAGGCCGCACUGCUGUUUGAGCAUCAACAGGAGGCUCCGCCCACUCAGCUGAGCAAGGAGGAUUUAGACCCCUUUAAACUGCUGUCAUACGCAAGCUACAGUCUGGAGCACGGAGACCUGGAGUUGGCAGCUAAACUGGUGAACCAGUUGCAGGGCGAGGCCCGGAGGGUGGUGGAGGACUGGCUGACUGAAGCCAGACUCACUCUGGAGACCAGGCAGGUGGUCAGUCUGCUGUCCGCUUACGCUAACGCUGUGGGUUUAGGAACUACCCAGGCUCCAUGAGUCCAGUCUGGAGGAAGGCAGCGGGCUCCUCAGUGAUGCAUCCCUUCAAGUUAAACCACAGAUUAGUUUCAGAUCACCAGGAUUCAGUCUCUGUCCUUCAUGCCAACACGUCAGGCUCACUUUGUUCUUACGUUAAAUUAUAUAUAAUGUUGUGAAUACUGAAG